AUGGGACAGUUUUCAUCGAUCCCCGAAGGCUACAAACAGCUGAAACGUAUGGAAGAAGGAAGCUUUGGUUUUUCGGUCCGAUGCAUCAAAAAGGACACCGAAGAGACUGUUGAUCUGAGGAUCCCAUUCCCAUGCAGCGUGGACAUGGAAUUGCCUCUCAUGACUUUUUUCAAGAAGAAAAACCUGGACAAGUGUAACAUUGUCAGGUUCAUUGAACCUGUCACAUUAUCGGACAACCGCACCGCUCUGGUCUAUGAGUCACUGGAUGUGACUCUACAAGACUACAUCAGCACCAAUGCCAGACUGAAUGCGCAUGAAGUCAGGAGUGUGGUCCAACAGCUGGCCACAGCAUUAAACGCCCUGGAGAACAUCAAAGUGAUCCACUCAGAUAUAAAGUUGGAAAACAUCAUGCUGGUGGAUGGUUACGCGCAGCCCCUCAGGGUGAAGCUUAGCAACUUUGGGAGGGCUCUUCCAUCCAGAUUAGCAAAGCAGGGACGAGUUUGCCAAGCAGUGAACUACAGGGCUCCGGAAAUAUUUUUGGGACUGCCAUUUUCAGAGUCCAUUGACAUGUGGUCUCUGGGAGUUAUGAUGGCAAGACUUGUGCUUGGUUAUUCCCUCUUCCCUGGACAUGUUGACUAUGAUGUAACAUUUAAGGAGUUUGGGUAUCAUUGGACUGUUGCCAACAAAUGGUACUCCAGAAUCAGCAACCUGGACAGUCUGGACACGUUGCAAAUAGAGUUAAGGGACAUGAUGGAGCUGACUGAGAGGAUAGAAUACACAGAUCUGCUGAAGGCAAUGCUUCGGAUGGAUUCAAGCGAGAGGAUUACCCCCAGUCAAGUCCUCGCCCAUCCAUUCAUCACGAGAGGCACCCUUCAACCUAGCUCUGACAGCAUACUUGAAGCCUUGGCUCAGCCUCCACAAACUCCCUCCGUCAACACAUCAUUGGAGUGUAAAAACAGGUGGGGUUCUCACAGCGAGUGCCAUGAAUCUGAUUCAGCACAAAUACCUCCAGGUGUUAUCAUGGUGCAGCCUGCACCACCUGAAUGCCGCCUGGCGUUGGUGUAG